AUGACUCUGGCAAGCAAACUCGCACGCUCAGCCACAACCUCCUCUGCAGCUUCAGGCUGGGGAGUACGACUAGUCUACUCCACCACCCCAAGCUGGCCCUUCUCCUCCACCUCUUCCUCACGGCAAACAACCCACAGGAAAGAGGACAUGGACAAGACAAUAGACAUUGCACUUCUCGACUCGUCCUUCAACCCCCCCUCUCGAGCACAUCUCGCAUUACUCCUUUCUCCACCAAUCCUCGCGCAGAACAAACCUAGCUACGAUGGUCACCUACUCCUCUUCUCCACGCAAAAUGCAGAUAAAGGCACAGGCAAGCCAGGUGAUGCAUCCCCAUCACAGCGUAUAGAGAUGAUGACGCUCAUGGCGAAAGACGUCGAGCGUAUACAGACCGCAGAGGGCCAUUCGGCCAACGUCGCAGUCGGGCUAGUGGAUAAGCCGCUCAUCUUUGCCAAGUCCACGCUCACUUGGGACCUUCUUAAAGCCCAACAGCAAGAGGGCCAGGAUAAAGCAAAGGCGAGACUGCAUUGUCUGGUGGGUUUCGAUACGCUGUAUCGUGUGUUUCAGCUCAAGUACUACCCCUCGCUGGAGGAGUUUCAACAGCAAUGUUCGCAGUUCUUCGAGAGGGAAGGGACGACGUUCGUUUGUGCUAGGCGCCAUCCGUCUUCUUAUCCUCAACUCGCUUCUCAACAGAAGGGUGAAGAGGGAAAGAGUGUGGAAGAAGUGGCUAGGGAGCAAGAAGUGGCUAGGGAGCAAGAAGAUAGGCUUUUGCAGUCGGAGAACGUCGCUCCUUGGGUUCAAAAGGGGUCCGUAGGCAUGUUUGAUCUUGAUCCGGAUCAGGCUAAGCUCAGUUCCACCAAGAUUCGGACCUUGCUCAAGGAUAGAGGCAUGCAUGUAGACAAGAAGAGGAAGCAGCUCGAAUCACUGGUGCCGCCAUCGCUGGUAAAGUAUCUGUUGGAGUCGAGAGUGUAUCAGGAUGACCUCAAGAGCUGA